GUGUGACUUGUCUAUCCUCCGUCGCCGAGUAUGCUAUCUAUAUUUGUAGUGCCUUCGUGGUUGGCGAUCUCUUGGUACCUUGUUCGUUCGGGAAAGAAACCGUUUGCUCUUUUAUUAUUCACGAAGUUCCUGAUAUUCUACUGCAGGUAUUAAUCUUUCUCUUUCGGCAAAAUCAGACUCGUUCACGUUUACUAUGCUUGCGUGUAAUGGAUUCGCCAUUCCACGUCAGCAUAGUCACCGUGAUCGGGAUCUACAAGUGUAUUUAUCUGCUAAAGACCAACUUCCGGGUGGCACUCAAGCGAGCCCUUCACCACCUCGACCCUUCCUCCUCCUCUUGGAGACAAACCAGAGUCGGCCGUACCAUCAGAGAGACUCUCACACUGCGAUGUUGUCCCGAUGAAGUCAAAAUGGAUGUAGACGAUGAAGCGGCACUGGAAGAAGGAGAAGGGAGCUGGUAUGAGGGAGUAAUGAGUCUGUAA